AUGAGACCACCCGCGCGUGAUAAUGCCGUUCUGGCCGCGUGCCUGUUCUUGACAGGAUGUGUUGAUGCUCAAGUUCAGCCGGAUGCACGAGGCAAAUCGCCGAAGAUUUAUGUGAACCCACUGAUCGGGACUACUAACGGAGGACAUGUCUUCCCCGGUGCAACCCUGCCUUUCGCAGGCAUGGCCAAAGCCGGAGCUGACACCUACGGCGGCGAGAAUCAAGGAGGCUUCUCAUCAGAUAACAGCCCGAUCUAUGGAUUCUCGCACAUGCACGAUAGCGGCACCGGUGGCUCGGCAUCUCUCGGCAACUUCCCCAUCUUCCCCCAGUCAGGAUGCCCGAACGACGACAUCAACGCGUGCAAGUACACGCUCUGGCAGCGCGCAACACCUCGCCAGCAAGGAAGCGCAAAUGGACGACCGGGGUACUUUGACGUGACCAUGACUAGCAAUAUCAGGACGGAGAUGACAGUCACGAAUCACACGGCUUUGUACAGGUUCACGUUUCCGGAUGCUGCUACCACUGCAAACACGACGCUUAACCCGCAUAUCUUGGUCGACCUUACCGAUCUUCCACAGACAAGAAGCGAGGCCAAUAUCACAGUGUACCCCGACAAUGGACGAAUUACAGGAGGUGGACGGUUUUCGCCAUCCUUCGGAAGCGGAACGUAUCAAUCUUACUUCUGUCUGGACUUCGACGGUGCAACAGUCAAAGACGCGGGCGUAUGGUCCAACUCGCGCGCCUCACAGCAAGUUACAAGCCUCAAGAUCAAGCCUGGAGAUAGUCGACAAACACCGAGUGAUACUCCCGCUGGAGGCUGGGUACAGUUCGAGCAGCCGCGAUAUGCCAACCAGAUCCUCGCCCGAGUGGGCAUGAGCUUCAUCAGCGAAGCACAAGCCUGCGCAAACGCCGAGCGCGAGAUCCCUGACAGCAACUUCGGCGAUAUCGCUGCCUCCGCUGCAGCCGCGUGGGACGAGAAAUUCUCCGUCAUCACACUCAAUGAUGGCGGAGUCGACGAGGUUAUCCUCCGCGCAUUCUGGAGCGGUAUAUACCGCUCUAUGAUAUCCCCACAAGACUACACAAACGAGAAUCCCUUCUGGAACGACGGCGAACCGUACUACGACUCCUACUACUGUAUCUGGGACUCGUUCCGCAGCAUUCACCCGCUCAUUACGAUCCUCGAUCCACACAGCCAAACUCUCAUGGUGCGCAGUCUGCUGAGUAUAUACAAACACACCGGCUACCUUCCCGACUGCCGCAUGAGCAUGUGCAAGGGGUUCACGCAGGGCGGUUCGAAUGCUGAUAUUGUGCUCGUGGACGCAUAUCUGAAGAACAUAACCUCGGGUAUAGACUGGACCCUCGCGUACGAAGCCGUUGUCAAAGACGCUGAAGUCGAGUCUCCAGACUGGAAUCUGGAAGGUCGCGGGGGCCUGGCAUCCUGGAAGAGUCUUGGGUACAUUCCAACCGAGAACCUGGACACCGAUGGGACGGGACUGGAGACCCGCUCCAUCUCCCGCACCGUCGAAUAUGCGUACAACGACUUCGCCAUCAGCACUUUGGCGCGUGCGAUGGGACAUCUCGAUGAUGCAGCGAAGUAUCUUCAACGCAGUGGUAAUUGGAGAAACAUGUUCAAUCCCGCCCAACGCAGCAUCGUCAACGGGGUCGACACAAACUUCACCGGCUUCCUGCAGCCGCGCUACCUAAACGGCACAUUCGGGUUCCAAGACCCGAUCUACUGCUCCCCGCUCUUCAAUUUCACAGGGUGCUAUCUCAACCCUGCAGGUGGCGAGACCUAUGAAGGGCCCGUGUGGCUGUACACGUUCUACGUGCCGGGCGACAUGGCGUCUCUCAUCUCCACCCUUGGAGGACCCGAGACAUUCACCAAGCGCCUAGACUGGCUGCACGAAUCCGGCAUCCUGUACGUCGGCGACGAACAAGCCUUCCUCAACCUGUACCUGUACCACUACGCCGGCCGCCCCGCCAAGAGCGCAGAGCGCGCACACCAGUACGUCCCCAGCCUGUUCAACGACACGGUCGCCGGCAUCCCCGGCAACGACGAUUCCGGCGCUAUGGGCAGCUUUGAAGCGCUCGUCAUGAUGGGAUUGUAUCCCAAUGCCGGGCAGGAUGUGUAUUUCAUUACGCCGCCGUUCUUCGAGGAGGUGAAUAUUCGGAACCAGCAGACAGGCAACACGGCGACGAUUCGGAAUGUGAACUUCGACCCGACGUACGAGAGUAUUUAUAUUCAGAGUGCAACGCUGGAUGGGGUGCAGUAUACGAGGAACUGGAUCACGCAUAGUUUCUUCCUGAACGGCGGUGUGUUGGAAUUGACACUGGGCGCAAGCGAAAGUGCGUGGGGUACACAGCCGGAGGAUGUACCGCCUAGUCUUGGGCCGUUGGGAGGUUUGGAGAAUCUGACAUCGAGGGGUGAUGUAGAUGGGAGGUGGGCUUGA